AUGCUAUUUAAGUCCUUCUUAACAGCUGCCGCUGCUACUUUAGCUGCUAACUCAGUAACUGUUGCUGCCGAUGAAUUACCUGCAAUCGAGAUUGUUGGUUCGAAGUUCUUCUUUUCCAAUAAUGGUUCCCAAUUCUAUAUGAGAGGUAUCGCCUAUCAAGCUGAUACAGCUAACGUCACUGGUGGGGCUACCAUUAACGAUCCAUUAGCCGACUACGAAGCUUGUAAAAGAGAUAUCCCAUACUUACAACAACUAGACACCAACGUCAUCCGUGUUUACGCUGUUAACACUUCUUUAGAUCACACACCAUGUAUGACUGCAUUGAACGAUGCAGGUAUCUAUGUCAUUGCUGACUUAUCCUCUCCAGAUGAAUCCAUCAACAGAGACGAUCCAUCCUGGACUGUCGAAUUGUUCGAUCGUUACAAGUCUGUCGUCGACAUGUUUUCCAACUAUACAAACGUUCUUGGUUUCUUCGCUGGUAAUGAAGUCUCUAAUGAUCAAACUAACACAGAUGCAUCUGCUUUCGUCAAGGCUGCCAUCAGAGAUACUAAACAAUACAUCAAAGAUAAAGGUUACAGAAAAAUUCCAGUUGGUUACUCCUCCAAUGAUGAUGAAUACACUAGAGUCGCUAUGGCUGAUUAUUUCGCCUGUGGUGAUUCUGAAGUAAAAGCCGAUUUCUAUGGUAUCAACAUGUACGAAUGGUGUGGUAAAUCCAACUACGUCUCUUCUGGGUAUGCCGACAGAACUGCUGAAUUCAGAAACUUGACUGUGCCAGUUUUCUUCUCUGAAUACGGUUGUAAUAGAGUUACUCCAAGACUAUUCACUUCUGUUCAAGCUCUAUAUGGUCCUAACAUGACUAGUGUCUGGUCUGGUGGUAUUGUUUAUAUGUAUUUCGAAGAAACUAACAACUACGGUCUAGUUAGUAUCGAUGAUGGUGCCGUCAAAACUUUAGCCGAUUUCAACAAUUACUCCAAAGAAAUUCACAAAAUCUCCCCAACUUCUUUGAACACCGCCUCUUACACCCCAACAUCAACUUCCUUGGCUUGUCCACCUACUAAUUCAUACUGGAAGGCUGCUACAAACUUGCCACCAACUCCAAAUGAAAGCAUCUGUUCUUGUAUGAAUGACGCUACUGCCUGCCGUGUCUCUGAUGAUGUCGAUAAAAAAGACUAUGAAGAAUUGUUCAACUAUGUUUGUGGUAUAAUUGACUGUUCAGGUAUCUCUGCUAACGGUACCACUGGUAAGUACGGUGCUUACUCAUUCUGUUCUUCAAAGCAACAAUUAGACUUUGUCUUAAACUUGUACUACCAGAAGAAUGGUGCUGCCAGCUCUGACUGUGAUUUCUCUGGUUCAGCCACUUUGAUGAAGGCCACUACCCAAGGUUCUUGUAAGACCGUUUUGGAUGAAAUUGGCUCUUUAGGUACUGGUUCUGCUUCUGCUUCUGUUACUUACGCUGCUGGUUCUAGUGGCUCUGUUACUACAACCGGUUCUUCCAAGUCUGGCUCCACUACCAAGGGUAAGUCCUCUUCCAAAUCUAAUUCCUCUUCAUCCUCAGGUACCAGCAGUGCUAGCCGUGGUGCUGCCUCUAGAUCUACUGGCAGAGUUAACCCAAUCCAUGUCAUUCUAACCUCUUUAGCUACUGUUUCUUUCAUUGCAGGUGUUGGUAUCGCUUUAGUGUAA